UGAUUCUCAGCCUCUGGCCUUGGAUGAGAAUUCGCCAGCCUAUUCCGUGUCGCAAUGGCGCCAGUUAUUUCACAGUGUAUUUGGCAUGCAGCAACGUGUAUCCCAGGCUGGAGGGAAUGACACCUUCGACUAUGAGCAAAAAUUCCCCGAAGACAAGCAGUAUGAGGAGCUGGGUCCAUUUGCAAGGGUAUGGAGAACAUACAUCGAAGAAUGUGCACGAUUUGAUGCUGGGACGGUGGAGGGAUGGAGGGACAGAUUGGGUGUUCUGCUGGUUUUCGCUGGUCUUUUCUCUGCCAUGGUCACUGCGCUUGUCGCACAGACGUCCCAGAGACUUCAAGUCAACUAUGGACAAGUCACGGCAUCGCUAUUGUUCGAGCUCAUUGAUGUCCAGCGUGCAGCAGCCAAUGGUUCCAGCGUGAAUGACAUUCCUCGUUCAGGCUUCACUCCAUUCUCAGAAUUUCAUCCUACAACUUCCGAUCUGUUGGUCAACGGACUAUGGUUCACCAGUCUCUCAUUCAGCCUGACUACCGCCCUCUUUGCUGUACUGACGAAACAAUGGAUCCAUCAGUACAUGUCGAUUCCAUCAGGCAUGCCUCAAGAUAGAUGUUGCGUACGUCAGUUCCGAUACAUGGGGCUACAGCAGUGGGACGUGGGCUUCAUUAUCGGACUACUACCUGUCUUGAUGAGCGCAUCGCUUUGCAUCUUUCUAGUCGGCCUAGUUGUUUUUCUAGUCCCGCUGCAAAAGUCGAUUGCAUUUGUUGUUGGGACUAUUACAUUC